AUGCCUGCACUAGCAGUUGAUCAGCUUAACCAGUUAAGAGAAAUCUUUGCAAGAUUCGACAUGGACUCAGAUGGCAGCCUCACCAUUUUGGAGCUCGCUGCCCUCCUCCGGUCCUUAGGCCUCAAGCCCUCAGGUGACCAAAUCCAUGUCCUGCUAGCCAACAUGGACUCAAACGGAAAUGGCUCGGUGGAAUUUGAUGAAUUGGUCAGUGCUAUAUUGCCUGACAUGAAUGAAGAAAUUUUGGUAAACCAAGAGCAACUAUUGGAGGUUUUUCGGUCCUUUGAUCGUGACGGUAAUGGAUAUAUAACUGCAGCAGAGCUAGCAGGGUCCAUGGCCAAAAUGGGUCAGCCGCUAACGUAUAAGGAGCUAACAGAGAUUAUCAAAGAGGCUGAUACAGAUGGAGAUGGUGUCAUUAGCUUUAAUGAAUUUGCCACCAUAAUGGCAAAGUCAGCCUCAAGUUUUCUAGGCCUUGCUCCCUCAUGA